CUCGGAUUCUAGCGUCCCCCUCGGGGAGAGCAGCACAAUCUCCUUCCGCAGUCUCGACUGGUAGCCCGUACGCUUCUUCUAUAGCCUGCCCUGCACACCAUUGUCAUGGUCAUCACUACUCACCAGAGCGUGUUCCUCUCAGUGUGCGUGACCAUGAGAGAGACCCACACUUGACUGAACUCCAUAGGAAAGAGCAACAUUUUUCCAAUCAAUCAGAUCAGGCCUUUGCGUGUUAGCUUCUCGUAAUCCAUCGUUUUCUGCUGUCAUCAGUUGGGGAUCAAUCUUCUCAAACCACGCACUGGAUUCCUUUCCGUCCCCUGAUUUCCGAUGCAGCAUGCCAAGGAUGAUGGAUGGCUCUAUGAUUUACUAGCUGACACCUGAGUGUGAGUGAGUGUGUGUGUGUGUGUGUGUGUGUUUCUGAUCAUUUCUUUGGUCUGAUCAUUUUGUUUGGCCUCUUGCUUCUCCCCUCUCCCUCCCUGUUCGUCUCUCUUUCGUGACCACCUGACGGUUUCAUCAUCCCAAUCUCAGAUCACUCGACCGAUCCCACGAGCUGCGUGCUUGCUUUGCUGUCUGAUUCUGAUUCUUGUCCACCUCACUCGCUCGCUAGGAUCGAUUUCAAUCAAUCAUCCAGUCGUAUAUCUUGCAACUCUACUCUGCUCAGAUUGGAUUAGGCUCGGCUCAAGUUGGAACAGAGGAUCGGGUUGAAUUUCUUGGCUGCAGCAAUGCUGAAGAAAGCAUCAGGAAGAGCUGCCGCCGCAAUGGGCUGCGGUGGUGAUCCCCCAGCACCCUCGUGUCCCACACCCAAGCUCACCGACGGCGGCACCGGCACCGGCACCGGCAGGCCGGCGUCUCGGCUUCUCUCCACGAGGUCGUUCCCGAGCCUCUUCACGGACUCCGCCGCCAUGAGCGCCGCCUCCGUCUCCGUGGCCGAGCUGUCCAGGAACGCUCCCUGCUCCUCCGGCGGGAGAAACGGCAGCGCUCGGUCCGUUGGCAUCGGCGGCAGCGCGGCCGCCGCGGGCCUGGCGGGCGUGCUGGUGGCCGAGGAGGAGGAGGAGGCAGAGCGGGGCUCCUGCAAGAACAACCGCAGGGUGCUCCUCGGGAUGCGACUCAGGGUGCAGCUGCCGCCGCCGACCGGUAGGGGACCAGGCGGCGGCGGCGGAGGAGGAGGAGGGGACCUCCCGGGCUCGCCGAUCGAGUUCGGCGUCAAGAACAGGGACGCCCAGCUCGCGCUGCUCUCCCCCGUGCAGCGGUCGCCGCUGUCGUCGGCGGCGGCCAGGCUGGCGCGGAGGAGCGAGGUGGAAGAGUUCGCCGGGGAGGACUACACCUGCGUCAUCGCCCGCGGGCCUAACCCCAAGAUGACGCACAUCUUCGAGGACCGCGUCGUCGAGAGCCCCGCCGAUGCCGGCGCCGGCGCCGGCGCCGGCGGCGGUGGUGGUGGUGGGGACGCCUGCUGCUUCCUCCCAAGCUCUUGCUCUGGGUGCAAGGAUGCUGCUCUCUUGCUGCCAAGAGGUGAGAAGGAACUCUGCAGCAACCACCAAUGGAACGAAGGGCUGCUGUUUGGUGAAAGGGCUAUCGGUUCACUGGACUCAUCGGUGAAACUGAAGCCCUGACUGAAUUCUCCGUCCUGGAUUUUGGCAGAGCCUAUAUAUGUUAAGUGAUGAACCAUCCUUCUCUCCUUGUUGAGAAAUUUUGAUCUGAAAUGGAUGUAUGACCUGUGCUGGGACCAAUGUUAUCCGUGAUUUGUCCCUGCGUCUUUUGGCUGUACUAGGAACUGAUGACAAAUGUUGAGCAGUUCAACUUUGUUGCAGUCAGAUACUGUUGAGUUGGUAUGCCCUUGUUUCAUCUGUUAUAAGGUUCAGUCUGAGGUUCAUGUAUUAAUUGGAAUUGCGCACAAAA